AUGCGCUCCCCGUUCAAGUCAAAGGGCGUCUCGCCUCCAUCUUCCGUCGACCAAGAACAUAAGCAAUACCAGAACUACCCAGGCGCGAACGAUGCAUACCCCGUCACUGGAACUCCAGGCUACGCCGACGAUGACUUCCACCCCGGCGAAGUCAUCUGUCCACCCAACACCACAGAGCGGAAACUCCUCAUGAAAAUCGACUUGCAUAUCAUACCCGUGUUGUGUAUCUUAUACCUCCUCGCCUUUCUCGACAGAGUGAACAUCUCCAACGCCAACGUCUUCGGCCUCUCCGCCGACCUCGGCCUCGAAGGAAACCAAUACAACACCGCGCUGGUCAUCUUCUUCGUGCCCUAUGUGUUGCUGGAAAUUCCCUCGAAUAUUUUGUUGAAGAAAUUCAAGCCGCAUGUGUGGUUGAGUGCGAAUAUGUUCAUGUUUGGCGUGGUGACGUUGGCGCAGGGGUUUGUUACUAGUUAUGGGGGGUUGUUGACUACGAGAUUCUUCCUCGGCGUCUUUGAGACAGGCAUGUUCCCAGGCUGCUUCUACCUCAUCGGCAUGUGGUAUCGCAGACAUGAAGCCCAAAAACGCUACACCUUCUUCUUCUCCUCCACAACCCUAGCCGGCGCCUUCGGCGGCCUCCUCGCCGCCGCAAUCGGCAAACUCGACGGCAAAGCCGGCAUCCGCGACUGGUCCUGGGUCUUCAUCCUCGAAGGCCUCCUCACCUCCCUCGUCGCCAUCCUCUUCUUCUUCCUCAUCCCCUCCUUCCCCGAACAAGCCACCUGGCUCACCCCCGCCGAAAAACACUUCGUCGCCGCCCGCCUCCGGAUCGACCAAGGCAAGUCCGCCCUCGAACGCUCCAUCACCGGCGCCGACGUCGGCAGGGUCUUCAAAGACUACAAAGUCGUCGUCGCGGGGUUCAUGUACUUCGGCCUCAUCGUUCCCGCGUACUCGUAUGCGUACUUUGCUCCGGGGAUUAUUCAGACGUAUGGGUAUGGCAAGAUUCAGACGCAGUUGCAUUCGGUGCCGCCUUGGGCGGCGGCGUUUGGGUUUGCGAUGGUUCUGGCGACGGUUUCGGAUGCGGCGAAACAUCGGUUUGCGUUUGCCGUGUUUAGUAUUUGUGUUGGGAUUACGGGGUUUGGCAUCCUCAUCACCGUGCAUGAUGACAAUAACCUGCAAUAUGGCGCCCUCUUCCUCGUGACGUGCGGCGUCUACGCAGCCAUGCCCAUCAUCGUCUGCUGGUUCAACAUGAACCUCGGCGGACACCACCGUCGUUCCGUCGGGUCGGCAUGGCAAGUCGGCUUCGGCAACAUCGGCGGCAUCAUUGCCGUCUACGCUUUCCUUCCCAAAGACAAACCAAACUACACCCCCGGUUUCAGCAUCUGCAUCGCCUUUACGAUCUUGUCGAUUCUGGCGUGUAUUGUUUAUGGGAUUGGGUGUUGGACGCAGAAUCGACAGAGGGAGAGGAGUGUGACGGAUUUGAAUUUGACGGAGAGCGAGGUGACGGAGUUGGGGGAUUUGGCGCCGGGGUAUCGAUAUUUGUUGUAG